AUGUCGCGCUCGCCUGUCAAUGCUGGCUUGUUUUGAUUACCGGCUGUGAAAAAAAAAUCAAACCGCUUUUGACCGUACGUGGCGAACGACCUUCUUGGUCCAAACUUUUAAUUACCAGUGUUAUACAAACUCCUCGAUAAAAACUUUUUUAUUAGUACGUGAUUGAGUGCGCGGGAAAAUUGACGUUUCUUUUUUUUACAUUGUUUGCUGUAAACAAGAGCAAAGAGGUUCAAUGAUAAAGUUUUGUGGUAGUGUAGUGUAAAGUUUUUAACUGCCAGUGUCGUAACUUGAGAAUUCUUCGGAGAAACCCAAGUUUUUAGAGGUAUUUUGUUACUUUAAACUUUUGAAAUGGCUAAAACCAUGGCCACAGAUGAUAUUUACAACAAAGAGUACCGGAGACUGCGGAGGUUAACUAGUGAUUUGGCUAUACGGCAAGUUUCGUCAGAAUAUGGACUUACAGAGGAGCAAGUUGCAGAAUUCAAGGAGGCCUUCAUGCUGUUUGACAAAGACGAGGAUGGGACGAUCACCAUGGCCGAGCUGGGGGUGGUGAUGCGCUCCCUGGGACAGAGACCUUCAGAGACUGAACUUCGAGAUAUGGUGAAGGAGGUGGACCAGGACGGCAACGGCACGAUCGAGUUCAACGAGUUCCUCCAAAUGAUGUCCAAGAAGAUGCGCGGGUCUGAUGGAGAAGACGAGCUUAGAGAGGCAUUCAGGGUAUUCGACAAGAACAAUGACGGUCUGAUCUCGUCGGUGGAGCUGCGGCACGUGAUGACCAACCUGGGCGAGCGGCUGAGCGAGGAGGAGGUGGACGACAUGAUCCGCGAGGCCGACCUCGACGGCGAUGGCAUGGUCAACUACGACGAGUUCGUAACAAUACUGACGUCGAAAAACUAGUAUGCAGAGAAAAGGCCCAAGAGAGCCCCUCCCGCGCCCCGACCUCCCCUCCAGGAGGACCUGUACAAGUACGGAGGGAAAGAAACUCUUAUCUAGUUGAAGUGUUAAUGCUCUACCGCAACGGUAACGGUUAACGUUAUUUAUAACGCUUGGUGGCAGUGUAUACGUACAUGUGAUUUUUGAUGUGUUUUUGUUUUCGUUGAACU